GGUUUCGGCAUCCAGAAUAAACGGCACGAUUGACAGUGGGCUAUCUUCUUUUGCGUAGUGCUAGGCUCUAGCUGCUUGCUUCUUUUAUUCGACAAGGUUUCCGUCUGUCCCCCGGCAGGGGAAAGCGGAUUCUUUGCUUGUGGCAUGUGAUGUUUGGAUAAAAUUGCCCGUCCAGGGCAAACGCUUGGCUUGCGCCUCUCUCGUCACAGCUCUGGGCUCAGUGGAAGGGGGAUGGGACAUUUCUUUGCCCAUCCCAUCCCAUCCACUUUUAUUUUAUUAUUAUUUUAUCUUUUUGGUUCUAUAUCUUUGUCUUUUAUCUAUUUUAUCGUUUUAUUUUUUAUUUACUUUCGUUACCAGUCAGUCUAGCCGGCCGCCCGCACCUUAAGAUGAAUGUCACUCAAGGGGACAACUCUAGCAAGUCAGCUGAGAGUACCAUCCCCUUGUCAUGACAUCCCUCUUUGGGAAGUCUACUGUCCAAGACCUGUUGCAUAAAGAGCUGCCAUCUCAUCCCACUUCCCUUCCCUCGUUCUCUUGUCUGUCUACAUUCUCAAACCACGCUUCUCAUUCUUGCUCGCCUACCUUCUUAUCUCACAGGUCAUCAUCAGUCUGGACAUCAAAUACCACCACUCGUCUUGACAACCCCGCCAAUAUAUACGGGAGUCUACAAGGAAAUAUAGCCACAACAAAGAAAGCACACACACACACACGCACGCUCACACAUAUCAUCAAGAUGUCUUUCGCAAACACCAGCCCUCUUACCGGCUUCCUUCAGCUGGCCCCGGCUACCUCCAACUCAUACCCUCAAGUUCAGAGGUCACAGCAGCCCAAGACUGAGGCCGAGCCCGCAGCCGCCGCCGCCGCCGUCCCGGCAGAGUCCAACGCCGCCACAGCCAGCCCUCAGCCUGUCCAGCGCCGCAGCUCGAGCCUGAGCAGCAGUAGCAGCAACGACGGUAUGCGCUUCCUCAAGCUCGGUCCCGUCCACUGGGGAGAGCACAUGGAGGACCACCAGGGUGACUUUGCUGUCGAGUAAAGUCUACAUCUGAAGCAUACCUGACGCUUCUGUUGUAAUGAAUUCUCUGGGUCUAUCUAUUUUUUUAUUUUUUUCACUUUCCUCUUUUUUAUCUUCCUUGGUACACUGGUGUUGUGCAGGCGCUCUAUCUUGGUCAAAAAGCGGAACAAGACAGAGGAAUGGAUUGGAUUGGAUGGACGAAUCUUUUGUUUGGAAAUACCACCACAGCUACGAUUUACAAUCAUGACGAGAGCAAAUCUCAAAAAGAAAUUCAAAAAAUACCCUCUUAAUGAUGCCUUUUUUUCGUCACCAUCAGUCCCCCA